AUGGAAUGCAACCGCGAUGAGGCCCUCAGAGCGAGGGAGAUUGCUGAAAGCAAGUUCAAGGCCAAAGAUAUUGAAGGUGCAAAGAGGCUGGCCUUAAAGGCCCAGACCCUCUAUCCUGGGUUAGAGGGCAUUCCCCAGAUGAUAGCAACCUUAGAUGUUUACCUCUCCGCACAGUUGGUGAUCAAUGGGGAGAAGGACUGGUACUCAAUCCUCUGUGUGAGCACCUCGGCCGAUGAAGAGACAGUGAAGAAACAGUACAGGAAGCUGGCUCUGAUGCUUCACCCCGACAAGAACAAGUCGGUGGGCGCUGAGGGGGCUUUCAAGCUCAUCUCAGAGGCCUGGAGUGUGCUGUCUGAUAAAAGCAGGAGGUUGGCCUACGACAAAAAGAGGAACAUAAAAGUGUACAAACAGAGGCCGCCCUUGAACCCGAAGAGAGACCCUUCUACGGCUUCGCAUUCCUCCACAAAUGGCUUCUUUCAUUUCUCUGCCAAUGCAACCUCCAAUGUGAGGGCUCAGAAGGGUGCCGCUCGAGUGGCUCCACCAGUUGUCCCCCAUCCCAAUACAUUCUGGACCGUAUGCAACCGGUGCAAGAUGCAGUAUGAGUAUCUCAGAGUCUACCUCAACCACAACCUCCUCUGUCCCAAUUGCCACGAGCCGUUCUUGGCCAUUGAGAUCCCCAUUCCUAUUAAUGGGUGUAACACCUCCAAUCCCUGGGCUACCCAGCAGCAGCAGCAGCAGAGCUCCAACGUCUGUAAUGGUGGCAAGAAUGCAAGGAAGGGCGCCUCCACGGUUCCAGGUAUGAGGUCAAAUGGGUUCCAUCAGGGGUCCAAUUGUGAUCCACACAGCAACCCGAAUUUCCAGUGGGGGGCAUUUUCUCGAACGGCUGGGGCUGCCAGUGCCGCUGCUUCGUUCUCAGCCGCAGCGCAGUCAGUCAAUGUGGUUCACCAGGCAUAUGAGAAGGUGCGGAAAGAGCGGAAGGAGGCAGAAGCAGCCGAGCAGAGAAGAGAGGAACUCCAUCAAAGGAGGAAGCACAUCCCUAAUGCAUCUUUCCACAGCAAUAUCCCCAAUUGUGAGCAGCACAAUUCCAUCAAAGCAGACAGGCCCGCCAAGAAAAGAAGAAGCGCGGUCGAUGACAGUGGGACCAAUCACAGGGGAGAUGAGUACAAUGGUGCCGGGCACUAUGAAACAGAGAGGGCAAGCAAUGUUUCUGCAGAUCCUGGCAAGACCAGGCCCACUGCCAGGCAAGGUGGCAUUUGCGGCUUAGGCCGGGAGCUCCUUCAGACGGAAAUUCGGAGCAUGUUGCUACAGAAGGCGAAGUCGGUGAUCCAGAAGAAACUGGAGGAACUAAAUUCAGCCCCAGCGUCCAAGUUGGCCGAAAAAGAGAAGGCCAAACCGCGGCGGAAAUUAAAAGACGGAGAAAAAGAAAAGGAAAAUGCUGAGGUUCCCUUUGAUGUAUCCACUGGUAAAGAGCUGGAAGAGAUCAGCGAUGAACGAGCUCACGACAAGACAGCUACUUCUGGUAAUGUCUCUGCUGAGACGGAUGAGCAAACCCAGGUGCCUAUUUUAUCAAUUAACGUUCCCGAUCCAGACUUCCAUGACUUUGAUGGGGAUCGUUCGGAGCAAUCCUUCCAGGCUGACCAGGUAUGGGCGACCUAUGAUGAUGAGGAUGGUAUGCCGCGAUUCUAUGCCAUGGUGCAGAAAGUCCUCUCUCUGAAGCCAUUCAAGAUCCGGUUGAGCUUCCUCAACUCCAAAACCACGACCGAGUUCAGCCUGUUGAACUGGGUUGGCUCUGGUUUCACCAAGACCUGCGGUGAUUUCAGGGUGGGCAGGUACGAGAUCCAGGACACGGUCAACAUCUUCUCUCAUCAGGUGAGAUGGGAGAAGGGGUCUCGUGGGGCCAUCCGGAUAGUCCCCCGGCGGGGCGAGAUUUGGGCCUUCUACAGGAACUGGUCGCCGGACUGGAAUGAGCACACCCUGGACGAAGUAAUUUACAAGUACGACAUGGUGGAGGUGCUCGAGGAUUUCUCUGAGCAGGGCGUCCUCGUCGCUCCACUGGCCAAGGUUGCAGGCUUCAAGACAGUCUUCCGCCGGCACUUGGACCCGAAGGAAGUUAGAAGGAUACCGAAAGAGGAGACGUUUCGGUUUUCCCAUCAAGUUCCCUACUACACUCUCUCCGGCGAAGAGGCCAAGAACGCUCCAAAGGGUUGUUUUGAGCUGGACCCUGCCGCCACCCCUCUGGAGCUGCUUCAGGUGACCACCGAAGGUGAGGAGGGGUUGGCGGCCAUGGCUAAACCUCCGGCAUCAGCUGCUUGA